AUGGCGGAGCCAGUUGAGUCGGCUGAGCUCUCCGCGAGCCAACAGGAUCAGAUUGUUCAGAAUUUCAAGACCAUCAGAGAAAUUGCCCUUUAUGCAGGUUUGCAAGAGGCUCUCGAUGAAGAAGCUGCACAUGCGAUGCAGGGUGAUGCCUCCAGCAUUCUUCAGCUUGCCAGAGAUAUCCAGACAUAUGCCCCAAGGUGCGUGGAGGUUGCCGAAGACCUGUACGACCAGAACGGCAGCAUCUUCAAUGUGUUCCAAGCCGUUCACUCUUGCGCACGGGAGAUGGCAAAGCUGGAAUUGCAGCGGCACUGGGCGUCAGCUUCGGAACAAAUCAUUCGUGCCAUGCGAAGGGUUGAGGAGCUGCUGAAGCCAGUUCUGCUGCUGGACGAGGUGCCCGAAAGCCAAAUUAGCUCCUUGCCAACAACCCAGCCUCGUUCUCAGGGCCAUCAUGCGCAAAGUGUCACAGAUGAAUCAUGGACGCGAGGGCAGCCAGAGGUGUCAGACCUUCCGGAGGCGAUUGUGGCAGGGAACCUGACGGCCGAAUUUCAGAGACUGGAUCAACAACUGCUGGAGCAGCAGCACAAACACGGAAACACAGAUCACCAUGACAUUGCCGCAACACUGCAUGAGCUGGGCGGAGUGAGUCAAGCUGCCGGAGAUCUUCCAGAAGCAAAGCGGUAUUUGGAGGAGUCUCUGCGAAUGAAUCGCUCUCUGCACGGUGAUCGAGAUCACCCUGACAUUGCCGCAACACUGCAUGUGCUGGGCGGAGUGAGUCAAGCUGCCGGAGAUCUUCCAGAAGCAAAGCUGUAUUUGGAGGAGUCUUUGCGAAUGAAGCGCUCCCUGCACGGUGAUCAAGAUCACCCUGACAUUGCCACAGCACUGCAUGAGCUGGGCGGAGUGAGUCAAGCUGCCGGAGAUCUUCCAGAAGCAAAGCGGUAUUUGGAGGAGUCUUUGCAAAUGAAGCGCUCCCUACACGGUGAUCGAGAUCACCCUCACAUUUCCACAACACUGCAUGUGCUGGGCGCAGUGAGUCAAGCUGCCGGAGAUCUUCCAGAAGCAAAGCAGUAUUUGGAGGAGUCUUUGCGAAUGGAGCGCUCCCUGCACGGUGAUCGAGAUCACCCUGACAUUGCCGCAACACUGCAUGCGCUGGGCAGAUUGAGUCAAGCUGCCGGAGAUCUUCCAGAAGCAAAGCGGUAUUUGGAGGAGUCUUUGCGAAUGGAGCGCUCCCUGCACGGUGAUCGAGAUCACCCUGGCAUCGCUGCAACGCUGCAUGAGCUGGGCGGAUUAAGUCAAGCCGCCGGAGAUCUUCCAGAAGCAAAGCGGUAUUUGGAGGAGUCUUUGCAAAUGAAGCGCUCUCUGCACGGUGAUCGAGAUCACCCUGGCAUCGCUGCAACGCUGCAUGAGCUGGGCGGAUUGAGUCAAGCUGCCGGAGAUCUUCCAGAAGCGAAGCGGUAUUUGGAGGAGUCGUUGCGAAUGGAGCGCUCCCUGCACGGUGAUCGAGAUCACCAUGACAUUGCCGCAACACUGCUUGUGCUGGGCGGAGUGAGUCAAGCUGCCGGAGAUCUUCCAGAAGCAAAGAGGUAUUUGGAGGAGUCUUUGCGAAUGAAUCGCUCUCUGCACGGUGAUCGAGAUCACCCUGGCAUUGCUGCAACACUGCAUGUGCUGGGCGGAUUGAGUCAAGCUGCCGGAGAUCUUCCAGAAGCAAAGCGGUAUUUGGAGGAGUCUUUGCAAAUGAAGCGCUCCCUGCACGGUGAUCGGGAUCACCCUCACAUUGGCGCAACACUGCAUGUGCUGGGCGGAGUGAGUCAAGAUGCCGGAGAUCUUCCAGAAGCAAAGCGGUAUUUGGAGGAGUCUUUGCAAAUGAAGCGCUCUCUGCACGGUGAUCGAGAUCACCCUGGCAUUUCCGCAACACUGCAUGCGCUGGGCGGAUUGAGUCAAGCUGCCGGAGAUCUUCCAGAAGCAAAGCGGUAUUUGGAGGAGUCUUUGCGAAUGGAGCGCUCUCUGCACGGUGAUCGGGAUCACCCUCACAUUGGCGCAACACUGCAUGCGCUGGGCGGAGUGAGUCAAGCUGCCGGAGAUCUUCCAGAAGCAAAGCGGUAUUUGGAGGAGUCUUUGCGAAUGGAGCGCUCUCUGCACGGUGAUCGGGAUCACCCUCACAUUGGCGCAACACUGCAUGCGCUGGGCGGAGUGAGUCAAGCUGCCGGAGAUCUUCCAGAAGCAAAGCGGUAUUUGGAGGAGUCUUUGCGAAUGAAUCGCUCUCUGCACGGUGAUCGGGAUCACCCUCAGAUUGCUGCAACACUGCAUGCGCUGGGCGGAGUGAGUCAAGCUGCCGGAGAUCUUCCAGAAGCAAAGCUGUAUUUGGAGGAGUCUUUGCGAAUGGAGCGCUCUCUGCACGGUGAUCGAGAUCACCCUGGCAUUGCUGCAACACUGCAUGUGCUGGGCGGAGUGAGUCAAGCUGCCGGAGAUCUUCCAGAAGCAAAGCGGUAUUUGGAGGAGUCUUUGCGAAUGAAUCGCUCUCUGCACGGUGAUCGAGAUCACCCUGGCAUUGCUGCAACACUGCAUGUGCUGGGCGGAGUGAGUCAAGCUGCCGGAGAUCUUCCAGAAGCAAAGCGGUAUUUGGAGGAGUCUUUGCGAAUGAAUCGCUCUCUGCACGGUGAUCGAGAUCACCCUGGCAUUGCUGCAACACUGCAUGUGCUGGGCGGAGUGAGUCAAGCUGCCGGAGAUCUUCCAGAAGCAAAGCGGUAUUUGGAGGAGUCUUUGCGAAUGAAUCGCUCUCUGCACGGUGAUCGAGAUCACCCUGGCAUUUCCGCAACACUGCAUGCGCUGGGCGGAUUGAGUCAAGCUGCCGGAGAUCUUCCAGAAGCAAAGCGGUAUUUGGAGGAGUCUUUGCAAAUGGAGCGCUCCCUGCACGGUGAUCGGGAUCACCCUCACAUUGCCGCAACACUGCAUGCGCUGGGCGGAGUGAGUCAAGCUGCCGGAGAUCUUCCAGAAGCAAAGCGGUAUUUGGAGGAGUCUUUGCGAAUGAAGCGCUCCCUGCACGGUGAUCGGGAUCACCCUGACAUUGCCGCAACACUGCAUGUGCUGGGCGGAGUGCGUCAAGCUGCCGGAGAUCUUCCAGAAGCAAAGCGGUAUUUGGAGGAGUCUUUGCGAAUGAAGCGCUCCCUGCACGGUGAUUGGGAUCACCCUGACAUUGCCGCAACACUGCAUGCGCUGGGCGGAUUGAGUCAAGCUGCCGGAGAUCUUCAGAAUCUGCUGGAAUGCGCAGAAGCAAAGCUGUAUUUUGAGGAGUCCUUGCGAAUGACGUUCCGCCGGGAGCUGUCCUCCCGCUUGGAUCAAGAUGAUCCUCACCAGACGCAAUAA